AUGAAGCUCACUGGUGCUCUCGUGUUGCUUGGGGCUGCCCUGCUCCUCAUCUCAGGGGCAGAUUGUGAGAUUUGCCCAGCUAUAAAGGAAGACAUUGACUUGCUUCUUGGCUCCUCUGUGGAUAAAUAUGUUAGCUUCGUGGAACAAUACAGGAAUACCCCUGACAUAUUGAAAAAUGCUGAAAACCUGAAGAAAUGUGUUGAUAGCAAGUUGACAGAGGAAGACAAGGAGAAUGUGCGCAGUUUGCUGAAAGAAGCCUCUCCCAACUGCGGGUAUCAGGGGGAUGGGGCAGGGAGGGACGUUCUGCGGCCUGAGCUAGGCCUGGCUCUUCAGCUCAGCCCAGCCAGACUAGACCCUGCAGGAUCCCUGCCCCUGCAAUACCACUUGGCGUCCAUCAGCCUGUCUGGCCCAGCCUUCUGA